CUCCCUCUGACCCUCCUCCCUCUUUAUUCAUAAAUCCCCCUCUAUAGAAAGCUAUAAAAUCAUCAGUUCAUAUAAAAGAUCCCUUUUUCAAAAUUUCACCGCUCCUUUACACCACCCCUUUUAGUCGAUUUCACCAAUUUGUAUUGUAUUCCCCCUAUUUUGAUUCAUCAAUUUGGUGAAGGAUUGAAGAAACCCUAAAUUCAGAUUCCGCAUCAGAAAGAUUUGAAGAGCGAUUUGGGAUAAAAUUUUCACGGGAUCAAGGGAAGGGAGUAAUGGCGGAUCAAUUGUUGGAGGGAAGUCAACCAGUUGAUCUCUCCAAGCACCCAUCUGGAAUCGUUCCUACUCUUCAGAACAUUGUAUCUACGGUCAAUCUGGAUUGCAAGUUAGACCUUAAGGCGAUUGCACUGCAAGCUCGUAAUGCAGAAUAUAAUCCCAAGCGUUUUGCUGCUGUGAUCAUGAGGAUAAGAGAACCAAAAACGACGGCUUUAAUCUUUGCUUCAGGGAAGAUGGUUUGUACAGGAGCCAAGAGUGAACAACAAUCAAAACUGGCGGCACGGAAGUAUGCUCGGAUUAUUCAAAAACUUGGAUUCCCGGCAAAGUUUAAGGAUUUUAAGAUACAAAAUAUUGUUGGCUCAUGUGAUGUCAAAUUUCCCAUUAGACUCGAAGGGCUCGCAUACUCUCAUGGUGCUUUUUCAAGCUAUGAACCAGAACUAUUCCCGGGGUUGAUUUAUCGGAUGAAACAACCAAAAAUCGUUCUGCUUAUUUUUGUCUCGGGAAAAAUUGUUCUAACAGGAGCUAAGGUUCGAGACGAGACUUACACUGCAUUCGAGAAUAUAUAUCCGGUUCUAACUGAAUUCAGAAAGAAUCAGCAGUGAUAUUUAUGUGGGAUAUAUAAUGGUAAAGGGUGAAAAUUGAGAUAGGGUUCAAGUUGACAUCCAAGAGAUUUUAACAUGCAAAUGGGGCUGAUUUUCUGAAGACACAUGUAGUGUAGAUAUAUGGUGGAAAUUGGGCAUUUGCUGUUUCUGUAUUGCUGUGAGUUGUAACCAUUUUGAUCCAAGAUUUUGUGAUCCAAAACAGAGCUCUUCUUUUUUAUCUUUUCCUAAUGGAAAUAUUAUGAUUUUUUAU